AAAUAAUUUAGUUCAUAUUUAAUAAUUGUGUUCCAUCAUUACAAGAGCAAAUAUAGUCAUUUAUCCUAAGAUAGGACAUUUCACAAACGUUUCCUGCUGCCAGACAGAAGCUCAUAUGUCCACUGUUUGGAACGUGAAAUGAACUUUUUUAUGAAAAAAUUUGCAGAAUAAUAUAUGGUCUGAACAAUAAUAGUGUAUAUGUAGGACACCGGUAAUAGUUCAAGUUAUACAUAAAAUCAGAUAUCUUUAAAAUAAACGCACUAAAGCAAAUUUCGGAGAGUCGCUGAAUAAGUUCAUCAAACAAAAUGAAUCUUAAAGUGUAUCGCAUUUUGAGGCAGAUGUUGGUAACAUUUGCUUUAAUAUCAACAGCAUCCGCUAAACUACACACUUUAAGUUUAUCUGGAUAUGGCACUGGAUUGCUUUCAACAAAAGAUUCACAUGUUAAGUCAAAGGAUAUAGACGCUGUUGAAGGCAAAUCUGUUUCAUUGCCAUGUCCAUUGUCAUCACCCUUAGACGAUGUAUAUAUGGUUUUGUGGUUUCGUGAUAAUGCUGGCAUUCCUCUUUAUAGUUUCGAUUUAAGAGAUAAAUUGAGUUCUGAAGGUCGACAUUGGUCAGCUCCCGAAGUGUUCGGUUCACGUGCCAAAUUUAAUUUCGAUACUGAUCCAGCGACAUUGGAAAUUAAAGAUAUUAAGCGCCACGAUCAAGGAAUAUAUAGAUGUAGAAUCGAUUUCCGUACUAGCCAAACGCAGAGUUUUCGUUUUAAUUUAUCAGUAAUAGUUCUUCCAGAACAACCAAUCAUACUGGACAGAUGGGGAAGACAAUUAAAUGGCACGAAACUUGGCCCAAAGCAAGAGGGAGAUGAUAUUGUGAUCACGUGUAGAGUAGUUGGUGGGCGGCCACAACCCCAAGUUAGAUGGCUUGUCAAUGGACUACUUGUUGAUAAUCAAUACGAACAAAAUUCUGGUGACGUUAUAGAAAAUCGUCUCCUUUGGCCUUCUGUUCAACGUACAGAUCUCAAUUCUGUUUUUACAUGUCAGGCUCUUAACACACAAUUGGAUAAACCAAGAGAAAAAAGCUUCUGGCUUGAUAUGCAUUUAAAACCAUUAACAGUUAAAAUAAUAGAUCCUCCCUUAUCGAUGGUUGCCGAUAGACGCUAUGAAGUUGUAUGUGAGUCUAAUGGUUCCCGUCCAAAUGCCAUUAUUACCUGGUAUAAGGGUAAACGUCAACUUCGUCGUACAAAAGAUGAGGUUUCUAAGAACACAACAAGAUCAGAAUUAAGUUUUGUUCCCAUAACUGAUGACGAUAAUAAAUCAAUUACUUGUCGCGCAGAAAACCCAAAUGUGAACGGCUUAUAUCUAGAAACCAUGUGGAAAUUGAAUGUCGUGUAUCCUCCGCUUGUGACGUUACGAUUGGGUUCAACUCUAUCCCCUGAUGACAUUAAAGAAGGAGAUGAUGUCUACUUUGAAUGUCACGUGCAGUCCAAUCCACAAUGGCGAAAACUACUAUGGCUUCAUAAUGGCAUGCAACUAGAGCAUAAUACUUCGGCUCGCGUCAUACGCUCUAAUCAGAGCUUGGUGCUGCAGAAAAUUACGAAACACUUUGCCGGAAAUUACGCUUGCAGUGCUAUUAAUGACGAAGGGGAAACCGUAAGCAAUCAACUACUUCUACGUGUUAAAUAUACGCCUAUUUGUAGGCACUUGGAUCGCGUUAUACUAAUUGGCGCAUCUAAAGACGAAACUGUUGAAGUUCCUUGUGAAGUUCAAGCCGAUCCACCACCAAGAACGUUUCGUUGGAAAUUUAACAAUUCCGGAGAAACUCUUGAUAUCGGCAGUGAUCGGUUUAGUAUUAACGGCAGCGGAAGUAUGUUGAAAUACACGCCGAUGAAUGAUCAAGAUUAUGGUACACUAUCAUGUUGGGCGGCAAAUGAAGUCGGUACGCAGAACCAGCCAUGCCUCUUCCAGGUUGUUCUUGCAGCCCUUCCAAAUGCUGUUUUUAACUGUACUGUAUAUAACAGAACUGAUUUAAGUGUGGACGUUCAGUGCAUUCCUGGAUAUGAUGGAGGUCUACCACAAAUAUUUGUUUUAGAAAUGUUUUCGGCACGCACAGGACUAACAAGAUUUAAUUUAACAAAUCCUGAAGAACCCCAUUUCUCAUUGGACAACUUGGACACAUUAACGUCAUUAGUUGCACAAGAAAACAAUUCAUUAAAAACUAGAAUUUAUGCCUUUAAUCAGAAAGGUCGUGGGCCCUCAUAUCUUUUGCGUGACUUUCGAAUUGGUUCGACUAUAUAUAGGCCAGACGAAGAAGUAUCGUUAAUGGUUUCACCAGUACUAUUUGGUUGUGUUUUUACAAUUCUGGUCAUUAGUCUGGUCAUUACAGUAAGAAUAUCUUUGACCACAUUUUUCCAUAAGAUACGGCGGAGUCGACAGCAUGACAAUAAAGCAAAUGUGGCUGCUGUAGUAGCGCAUUCAGGUGAUGCUUUCAAGAAAAACGGAAAUCUUGAAAAGCCACGAUGGCAACAUACAGAUCUCAAAACAAAAUCUUCUGAAGAUCUUGUUGAGGACGAACGUGAUCCUGAUGUGAUCCCAUCAAAAUAUGGUAAUGUAACUGCUGGAAAAGAAAUUGCUGAAUGUGCCCCUACUGUUGCUCCAAAUUGUCUCUUAAUUCAAUCCUCCACUUCUAAAUGGUCUGGUAAUUCAAAUAAUAUCACUUCGAAUUAUGAUAAUAUUCUUCAACAGUCAAGUUAUUCCCUAAAUGAAACAAGUGCUCCAAUUACAUUUAAUCAGAUCAAUGCACGGGCUCAUAUUAUAACAUCAUCUGCCCUAAUUUUACCCACAGGCCCUACGGCAAGUGCAAUUCAUUACCACACAGCUGGAAGUAAUAUACCUGAAGCUUCAACCACAUCUUCUUCGUCUACUGUAAUGAUUGGAAGCUCAGCUCAUUUGCAACAACCAUUGCAACCGAGUGUUAUAGAGGGCACUUUACCAUCAACAGGAUUAAGAACUGGUAGAACUAAUACCCUCACCAGUACUAUAAAUGUAGGUAAUGGCUAUGCAUCUCCAAAUGCCUUUGCUAGCAACAGUAACACAAACCACAUGCAUAUCAAUAAUAGCAGUUUGGGACAUUCUUCCAUAAAUUACACAAAUAAUAAUAACAUUACCAGUUCGUCCAACAAUAAUGGAGUUCAUCAUUCUUCACCCAUUUUACUACCCUCACAAACCUCAUCUACUUUAAGUAUUUGCGGAAGUUCACCUAGCACAGAAGUUGGUUUACUUUUAACAGGAAGUCUUAAUUUAAGUAGAAAUAUAAUUCCUGCUGCUCCAGCCACUCUAAUAACUACAACUUCCUACAACACAUCCACUGAUUUAGAUGAUAAUAUAAAUAUAAACGCCAUUAAAGAUUGCUUAAUGACACAAAGAGUGCCUGAAAGCUGUGUUUAAACUGCAAAAAUAUAUCUUAUUAUAAUAACAUAUAAAAUAAAGUAGUGAAUGUCAAAUUUGUUAAAAA